ACUACUUUGUUAUGGUAUCAGAGCCAAACAAAUAAAAGUUCUUGGCAAAACUAGAAUAAACCUACGAACCAUCGUUAACAUACUGUUACGGUGAGAAUCACUUGAUUUUUUUUUUACUAUGGCGGCGUCACCAACAUCGUCCUCUACAGACAUGCGUUUGCUUGUUUCUCCGUAUUACCUCCAUCCAUCGGAUAAUACAGGACAAGCUCAGUCACCCAUUCUUCUGAAUGGAGCAAACUAUGAGCGAUGGGCAAAACUACUGCUCAAUUCGUUGAAAGCAAAACGAAAACAAGGUUUCAUUGAUGGAACUCUUAAAAGACCAGUCAACAAACCUGAAGAAGAAGAAAAGUGGGACAUGGUAAAUUCCAUGAUCAUUGGAUGGAUCUACAGCAGCAUUGAACCUAAGCUUCGACCGUCUGUAUCUCUUGUGGACAGUGCAAAAGCUAUGUGGGGUAGCCUUCAACGAAGGUUUUCUGUAAGUGAUGAUACCCGGAUCCAUCAACUGCACGCCGAUAUUGCAUCUUGCAAACAGAACGGCGACGUGGUGGAAGUUUAUUUCGGGAGAUUGAAGGUCUUGUGGGACGAUCUGGCUGAUCUUGACAAAGGAUUCUCUUGUUGUUGUGGGGAUUCAGAAUGUGCAUCAAUGACCAAGUAUGAGAAGAAGGAAGAGAAGAUACGCGUUCAUCAAUUCCUUAUGGGACUGGAUAACUCUCGAUUUGGCAUUACAAGGUCAAAUCUGUUGAGCAGACAAACAGAUCUUAAUCUUGAGUCUGUAUACUCGCAAAUCAUUCAAGAAGAACGUCACCUGAAUGUUAUGCGACAUGAAGAAACAACCCCAGUCCUUGGUAUGUCUACAACAAUGCAAUCUCCGCAGCCAUCACAACAGUCGUUGACUAAUGCUCAAGCAGCGGCUACUCGUGUUGCAAGAAACAACUCGGUCUGUUCGCACUGUGGAAAGCAAGGACAUGAAGUGAGCCAAUGCUUUCAAGUGAUUGGUUAUCCAGAAUGGUGGGGAGAUCAGAAUGCAAAACCUACCACUGGACGUGGAACAGACAGAGGAGGAAGAGGAAGAGGGCGUGACACACAAGGAGGCAGAGGACGUGGUGGUCGUGGAUCAGGUUUUCGAGCAUACAACACUAAUGUUGACAAUUCUGGGUCGUCAACAACUCAGGCACCUGGUAUUCCAAACCUCACAGACGAGCAAUGGGACACUCUAACUAAAUUUGUCAGCGCACAAAAAUCUGCAGCCAAUGAGAAGCUUAUGGGACCUCGCCUCGAAGACUUUGAUUGGUGCGGGUGAAAAGCAUAAUGGGGUUUUUCGAUAUAUGGGGGCUGUGGCAGUUCAAGCAAAUCAUGUGAAACAGACUGCACGAGAUUUGUGGCAUGCACGCAUGGGUCAUCCAUCUUCUGCUGUUCUUUCAGUUUUAUCUUCUGUUGCUGGUUUUACAAAUAAUAUUGGUGUUUUAGAAAGCUCUUGUGGUACUUGUCAUCAAGCUAAACAAACUCGAGAUGUCUUUCCAGUUAGUAUUAAUAAAGUUGAUGAUUGUUUUUCCUUGA